UCCGUAUUGGAACAAGUUAACAGUAUCGAAUGAGUGACUUCCUACAACCAUGCAAUGAAUCGGAUAAAAAUGAAUAUGGAAAAUAAUUUAAGUUUUAGACACCUUCAACACAUACUAAUCUCCUUUUUCGAUAUUGUCUAGCAGCCAAAUUUGGCGCAAGAACACGAAUCUCCAUGAAAUGUCGCAGUGAGUACGCGACCUCGGAAUCUGUAUCCAAGAUGGCGGUAUGUGGUGAGGAGACGAUGGAUCGGACUAACAGUUCGGCAGGCACAUACCCAGACUUUGACGACCGAGGCCAUGGGCAUUUUUUCGUGAAAAAGACUUUUCACAAACCGACAUAUUGUCAUCAUUGCACAGAUAUGCUGUGGGGUCUGAUAGGCCAAGGACUUGUGUGCGAAGUAUGUAACUUUGUUGUACACGAGAAGUGUUUGAGAACAGUUGUGUCAGCAUGCUCCAGUAUAGCAGCUACCCUCAUAAAAAACCCUGUAGCACACUGCUGGUCAGAGGCAAGCCAGUUCAAGAGGAAAUUCUGCAAUGUUUGCCGUAAACGGCUUGAAGAUUCUUACGCUGUUAGAUGUGAAAUCUGUGAAUAUUAUGCACAUUUGGACUGCCAUGAUUUUGUUGUCAGUGACUGCAAAGAGUGUGCAACCUACUCUCCAACUAUUACACGGGAGUCUGUUGUGCAUUAUCAUCACUGGCGAGAAGGGAACUUGCCAGCCAAUUCUAAAUGUCUGGCAUGCAAGAAAACAUGCUGGUCAUCAGAGUGUCUGGCUGGUAUGAGAUGUGAGUGGUGUGGAUUAACGGCCCAUGCGAAUUGUUACCGACUUCUUCCAGCUGAGUGCAAUUUUGGUAGUUUACGAGAAAUCAUGUUACCCUCUAGUUGUCUGUCAAUGCCACGAAUGGACCUCAGUGUUGAAACCAUGAUGGGAAUGAGUAAAAAAACAACGCGAACAAUCUCAGAAGACUGGUCAAGUAGCGGAGACUCGAGAAAUGAGGAGGAAGACAGAGAACAUCGGUCUCCGCGUGACAGAGAUGGUAAAGAGAAGGAUAAAGAUACGGAAUGGGAGGUGAUUCGUGUGUUUGAUGGCAAUGCUUCCAUGAAGAGGCGUUUAUAUAGGACAAUUUCUGUUCCAAAAAAUGCCCCAGCCCAGGCAAUACUGGAGGCAGCUUUGAAAACAUUCCACAUAUCUGACGACCCAAAAAAUUACUAUGUUGCCGAGGCAUCAGAGUUUGCUAUGUUUGUAGGUGAAAAACAGCUGGACGAAACUAAACCGAUUCGUGCACAGCUCAAAACUCCUGACGGCAAACGUCCAUCGAUAUUUCUGCGAUAUAAAGAACAAGACCCAGAUAGGGGCCAUAUAAAGGUCUAUCCCGGUGGUCUAAAAGUGUCAUCUGGUCAUAAAAAUAUAACAGUGUCUAGUGAAUCAACUACAGAAGACAUUAUCAGAACAGCUCUCAACAAAUUUGGUAUAGAGGACACGGAACCAGCACGGUUCAGUUUAAUAGAAGUGUUAUUAGAUAAGGGUGUCUCAGAACGUACUUUAGAACAUACAGAUAAACCCUGGGAACUCAUCAAAACUAGUAGAAAGGAGUCUCUACGGCAAAAUCAAAUGACUCGGUACUACCUUCAGCAAAAAGAAGACCCUCAUGGCCCCAGUAUAUCGUUAUUUGUAGGAAAUUUACCCACAGGCUUGUCACAACGACAGUAUGAGAAAAUAUUGUUGGACAUUGUUGGCAAAGCAAACAAGUGGGUGCGUUUUGAUGUGAUAUACUACGAGUAUGGUGCUCUUGUGUUAGAUUUUUCCCAGGCUGACAAGGCAACACGUGUGUUCAAUAUUCUCAAAGAUGCUGUUUUUGAUGACAAACAGCUACUAGUGCUUUUAUUACCUAAUAUUCAGCCACACAUGAUUCCAGACAACACAAACCCGCUAUUAGUGUUUGUUAAUGUUAAGAGUGGUGGAUGUCAGGGCUUAAACCUGAUAACGUCAUUCAGAAAGCUCCUCAACCCUCAUCAAGUCUUCAAUCUUGAAAAUGGUGGCCCUCUUCCAGGUUUAUAUGUGUUCCGAAAUGUUCCCUUCUACAAGAUACUAGCAUGUGGCGGGGAUGGUACUGUUGGCUGGGUACUAUCGUGUCUCGAUAAUGUUGGACAGGAUGCCAUUUGUCAAUCACCGCCUCUAUCAAUACUUCCUUUAGGCACUGGUAAUGAUUUAGCACGAGUGUUACGGUGGGGACCAGGGUAUACGGGUGGGGAAGAUCCUCUGAAUUAUUUGAGAGAUGUUAUAGAUGCAGAAGAUAUCAAACUAGACAGAUGGACCGUGAUAUUUCACCCUAAUGAGAAAGAACAAAACGAUACGAGGGUGGCCAUAGCAAACGAUACAAAUUCUGCAAACACGAACGAGGAUACUACCACCAUCUUUGUCAUGAAUAAUUACUUUGGUAUAGGUAUUGAUGCCGACAUAUCACUUGAUUUUCAUCAAGCCCGAGAAGAAAAACCAGAUAAAUUUAAUAGUCGCUUACAUAAUAAGAAAGUAUAUGUGCAAAUGAGUUUACGAAAGAUGGUGAAGCCGCACACUUGUAAAGAUCUUCAUCGGUGUAUACGUCUUGAAGUGGACGGAAAAUUAGUUGAUCUACCUCCAUGCGAGGGAAUUAUAAUUCUAAAUAUUUUAAGUUGGGGCUCAGGGGCAAACCCUUGGGGCCCAGAGAAAGAGGACCAAUUUCAGAAACCCACGCACUAUGAUGGCAACCUCGAGGUGGUGGGAAUAACGGGAGUCGUGCACAUGGCACAGAUCCAUAGUGGCCUACGAACCGGUAUCAGGGUCGCUCAGGGUGGUCAUUUGCGGAUCACGUUACUUCAAGAUUUACCCGUACAAGUUGAUGGUGAGCCGUGGACACAGCCUGCAGGUCAAGUUGUAGUACUACGCUCAGCUUUAAAGGCAACAAUGUUGAAGAAGAGUAAGAAUAAGAUCCGAAGACGCAAUACAGAGCCAAGUAUAUUUUUCCCAGAAAAUGAAGGCUUAAAAGCACAGUCACCCAGUGAUGAAAACAGCACUGGUCCACUUUAACAUAAUCUGAUCUUCUAUUUAUUUUAUAUGUGUUAAACAAUAUACACAUGUAAAUAUUGGUUUUCUGAACUUGUGAUGGCAGAAUGGAACGGCAAAUGUGUAAAGUGUGAUUUAGCUGUGUACAGCAUAUGUGUAAUUGCAAUCAUUCAGCAUGUAGUGUAUAUGUGUGUGUCGUUAUUUUAUCAAAAUAUUAUGGACGGAGAUUAUUCGCUGGCCCAAGAUGGAUCUUUUAACUGCAUUGUGGGAUUCCUCUACAAACGAAAGACAGAUUAGAUCUCUUCUAAAUUUUACAGUCGUGUCUGAAAUAAAUUUAGUAACUAUAAAGUUCAUUCGAUUCAACAAAAGAAUUGUGAAAGAUUUCUUUGUAGAAAUGAAAUAGCUACAUAUGACAGUUUCCCUUCCCCCCCACCCCUCAUUAUAGUAAUCUCCUAGUCUUUUAUUUAUUGAUCUGAAAGAGUUUCGAUUUUUCUAGGUGAACAUCUAUAUCAAAAUGUAAAAAAGUAAAUGUGUUACAUUUGUCAAACUCAACCUGCAAGGUGGUGAUUCACAGAAGUUUUAGCUCCAGUGGACCAGUGGUACGUUCCGCUUGAGCCGUUUGUAUAGGUACAUGAUCCAGCAGACUUUAAAAACUUUUUACCGACUGCUCGAUGGAGAGCUAAAAAUAGGAAAAAGUAACUUCCUGUCCUGAAACUUGUACUGAAUAUUUACGAAACUGAGAAAGUUCAUUCUUGAUCUGGCAUUUCCAUAAUUUUUUAGGUGAGGUGAGCGACUAUUGGCUUUCAUGGCCCUCUUUUGUUUGUUUGAUGUAUAAUUGGCAAAGGCUCGGGCCAAUAAUCGGGCCAAUAUUUAUUUGAAGCUGUGGUGUGGGUUGAACAUAUCUUGUUUAUAGAGCUUAACCGAAAAGAAUGCACUAAGCAAUUGUAGAGACAGGACACUACAGUCAAAAAGAAAAAUAAUACUAAAAAAUGUUAGUUUAAAUUUUGUGCACAAAGUAAAAUAAAAAGGGAUGAAGCAAUUUAGAAAAAAAAAUGUCAUGCUAAACAUUAUGUUGUCAGUGAUCAGCAGUUACUUACACUUUAAAGACUUCAGGAAUAGGUCAUUAGAUAUAUGAGCUGUGCCAUGAGAAAACCAAUGUUGUGGCUUUGCGACCAGCAUGGAUCCAGA